AUGAGUAGGGAUAUCCAGGAAAAACAGGGUUUAGGGUCUUUAAAUCUGAUAUGGUAUCACUCACCCCAAAACUGCCCCAUCCCACAGCAGCACUGGCCCCUUAUCAGAGCCCGGGCACCCCUCCUGGGGCUGAUAACGGGAACGGGGAGGGAGGGACCCCAAAACACCCAGAUCCUGCGGGGACAGCGGGGUGGGCCAUGGGAGGGGCUUGGGGUCGUGGGUGGGAUCAUUGGGAUCCUGUGGGGUCGGGUGGGCAUCACUGGGAUCGUCUGUGGCACUGUGGGUGGCAUUACUGGGAGUGUCUGUGGGGUCAUUGGGAUCGUCUGUGGGAUCACUGGGUGCGCCUGGGAUCAGGGGGGCAUCAUUGGGAUCAUCUGUGGGAUCAGAGGUGGCAUUAUUGGGAUUGUCUGUGGGAUCAUGGGGAUGGUCUGUGGGAUUAGGGGUGGGCUCACUGGGAUCCUCUGUGGGAUCAGGGGUGGCAUCAUUGGGAUCCUCUGUGGGAUCACUGGGAUCCUCUGUGGGAUCAGGGGUGGCAUCAUUGGGAUCCUCUGUGGGAUCACUGGGAUCCUCUGUGGGAUCAGGGGUGGCAUCAUUGGGAUCCUCUGUGGGAUCACUGGGAUCCUCUGUGGGAUCAGGGGUGGCAUCAUUGGGAUCCUCUGUGGGAUCACUGGGAUCCUCUGUGGGAUCAGGGGUGGCAUCAUUGGGAUCCUCUGUGGGAUCACUGGGAUCCUCUGUGGGAUCAGGGGUGGCAUCAUUGGGAUCCUCUGUGGGAUCACUGGGAUCCUCUGUGGGAUCAGGGGUGGCAUCAUUGGGAUCCUCUGUGGGAUCACUGGGAUCCUCUGUGGGAUCAGGGGUGGCAUCAUUGGGAUCCUCUGUGGGAUCACUGGGAUCCUCUGUGGGAUCAGGGGUGGCAUCAUUGGGAUCCUCUGUGGGAUCACUGGGAUCCUCUGUGGGAUCAGGGGUGGGCUCACUGGGAUUGUCUAUGGGAUCACUGGGAUCCUCUGUGGGAUCCUCUGUGGGAUCACCGGGCUCCUCUGUGGGGUCUGCCCGGCCCCAGAGCCAGGCAGGGACACGGGGGGUCCCGCUGGUCCCCAUGGGGUGGGGGGGACACCCGGCACACAAAGGGACCGAGGGGGGCACGGGACAGCCCGGGGGGGACAGCAGGUCCUGGAAGGGACACGGGCAGCACCAGGCAGGGACAGCAGGUCCUGGAGCAGACACAGGAAGGGACUCGGGAGCGAGACGAGAGAGGACACCAGGUCCUGGAAGGAACAAGGGGGGCACCAAGCAGGGACACCAGGACCUGGAGAGGACACGGGGGGCACUCGAGAGGGAGACACCAGGUCCUGGAAGGAACAAGGAGGGUCACUCGGGAGGGGACACCAGGUCCUGGAAGGCACACGGGGGAUACUCGGGAGGGACAGCAGGUCCUGGAAGGUACACGGUGGGGGGAGGACGGCAGGUCCUGGAAGGCACAAAGGCACACGGGGGCGGGGGGAAGUGGGGGGACGGCAGGUCCUGGAAACAGGGAUACAGGGACAGAUGGACAGGGGGACAUAG